UGGACAUUAUUUGAUCUCGUUCAUGAUUUCAUUGCUCCGUUAGCUGCAGUUUGUCAGACAGUCUCAUCCAGGACAUGGGGAACUCUAUGGGUUGCGUCAGGCCUCCUCGGGAUGGGGAGCUCGUGGGAGAGCCGCCACUUCCGCCAAGAAAGCGUCUGCGAUUCAGACGUAAGCACAAGGCCAAGAAGAGAAGGAGGGAAGAGAUGGAACAAGAAGAAUAUGAGACGCACAGAAACCUCGAGAAUGAUGAAAUGGAGGAAGACAACGGUGACGAGGAGGACAAAGGUGCACCAGCACACUCAUCGUGGACCCUAAGAGUGCCCGAUGCCCAGUCAACACUUUACAGAGCAAAUCCACUCAGUCUCACUCCGGGCUCCAGUGUUGGGGGACUCAUGGGCAACAGGCUCCUGGAAGUGUCCCCAAAGCUGAGCCCGGCCUGGAGAGGCGUCUUCUGCUUGCCGGGAGAGGAAGACAGUGUCAGUGCAAUCGUCGACGUCUCCAGCAUCCCGAGCCAAACCACCACCGCCACUCCGGUCAAUACGGCCCCGGCCCUGGGCAGCACGACUCCGGGCGGAGGCAGGGUCUAUCGGGUGCGUGAGAAAGUCCAAGGAGUCCUGGAGAAACCGUGGAUACUCCGGCAGAAGAAGGAGAAAAAACGGAGGGGGAGUGCAGAUAAAGAUGAGAAGGAGCAUGGAGGGGUGAAGCCAGAAUCACUGGUGGUGGAGACUCCGGCGGAAAAGGAGCGUAGAGGUCGAGUCCACAUACGGGAAGUUGAUGGGAAGCUUUGUGUUGUCCGGACAGUGUACCCCAGUGACUUUGGCUCUCCGGUGUGGAGGGGUGAAAGUGGAGGUGAGGUGGAGGUGCGCCAAGAGCCGCUGGCUCCAUCUCCAGUUACAGGAAACAUCCUCAAAGUCCAGCUGUCUGAGGAUGACCUGGGUACAAGCAGAAUGUCUCCAGGAGACUUCUCCACCUCACUGAACCAGCCCCAGGCGCAAGAGGCCUCGGCUGGCAGGGGCUUCAGGUUGGACUCUCCAGCUCGUGCGCAGGAGAGGUCCUCUCUCUUGGAGUCGGGCUAUGCCAGCGACCUACCGCUGACCUCGCCAGAAACGGCGGGCACCACGCCCAGCCAGACGGACUGGGGAGGGCUGACCAGCAGCUCCUCCGAGAGACUGGACUCCAUGAUGGAGAGUCCUCUGUCGCUGCAACAGGCCGCUGUCAAAUGUCUGCCACAGAUUUCAGAGAUCUACGUUUGCGGCGAGUCGGGCGACCUCACCGCCAAAGAGAAGCUGUUACUAUGGAGCCAGCAGGCCACAGAGGGCUACCCCGGCCUCCGCUGCGUCAACUUCACCUCAUCCUGGAGCGACGGACGCAUGUUCAACGCUCUGCUGCACAGAUACAGGCCCGACCUGAUCGACAUGGAGGUGGUGUCGCGACAGAGUAACCGAGAAAACCUUGAACAGGCCUUCGAGAUCGCCGAGUCGUUGGGGGUGACCAGACUGCUGGACGCCGAGGACGUUGAUGUUCCAUCCCCAGACGAGAAGUCGGUCAUCACCUACGUCUCCUCAAUCUAUGAUGCCUUCCCUAAAAUCCCAGAGGGAGGCGAGGGCAUCGCAGCACACGAAGUGGAUCAGCGCUGGUCAGAGUAUCAGUCCAGGUUUUCUUCUCUGCUCCAGUGGAGCCGCCAGCAUACGGCCAUCAUGGCCAACAAGAACUUCCCACAAAACCCCGUGGAACUCAAGGCACUUUACAACGAGUACGUCCAUUUCAAAGAGACGGAGAUUCCUGCCAAGGAGAUGGAGAAAGGUCAGAUCGAACACCUCUACAAGCUGUUGGAGGUGUGGAUCGAGUUCGGUCGUAUUAAGCUUCCUCAGGGCCUCCAUCCCAACGACCUGGAGGAGGAAUGGGGCAAACUCAUCCUGGAGAUGCUGGACAGAGAAAAGGCCCUGCGGCCAGCAGUGGAGAGACUGGAGCUGCUGCUUCAGAGAGCCAAUAAGAUCCAGAACAUGGCUCUGGACUGUGAGGAGAAACUGACACUGGCUAAAAACACACUCCAGGCGGACAUGUCCCGGGUGGAGAGCGGCGAGGCGGUGCAGUGUGAGAAGGAGCUGGCCUGCUACCUGCAGGACUGCGAGGCUCUCAUCACGCAGAUCAACCAGGAGCUCAAGGUCCUCCGAGAUGAGAGGUACUACCAGGUGGAGCAGCUGGCGUUCAGAGCGUCCUGCCUUCAGGAGGAGCUGGUCUCCCUCAGGCUGCAGUGCUCCAGCCUCUACAGGAAGGGCCACUUCACCCAGAGCCUGAGCGGCUCCGGCCCGGAGCUCACGGGCCACAGAGCGCCCGACGGCGGCCUGUCGCUGGGCCAGACGCUGCUGGGGGCCGUGGGCGCCGUGGGGGCCGUUGGCGCCGCGCUGCUGCGGCGGCCCAUGGCGCGCUCCCAGCUGGUGGCCAUGUCGUCGUCGGAGGACGAAGGCAGCCUGAGGUUCAUCUACGAGCUGCUGGGAUGGGUGGAGGAGACGCAGGAGCUGCUAGAACGCGCUGAAUGGGGCGCAGAUCUCCCCUCUGUGGAGAACAACCUGCAAGAACACAACAGCAUUCACACUGCAGUGGAGGAGCUGAUGAGCGGCCUGCAGGAGGCGCGCAGCUACGAGGCUAAAGUCUCUCCUAACUUUAAAGGCAGUUACUCGGACACUCUGGCCAAGCUGGAGCACCAGUACUGCAAACUGCUGGAACACUCGUCGUGGCGCCUGCGCAGUCUGGAGAGUCUGCACGCCUUCGUGUCGCACUGCACUGAGGAGCUGAUCUGGCUCAACGAGAGGGAGGAGGAGGAGAUCGCCUACGACUGGAGCGACGGCAACAGCAGCAUGAGCGCCAAGAAGCAGUUAUACAGCGAAGUGAGGUUGGAGCUGGAUGAGAAACGCGAUGUGAUGCGCUCGCUGCAGGAAACGGCCGGCCGACUCUGUCAGGAAAACCAUCCGGCCAAGCAGACGGUGGAGGCCUACAGUGCGGCUCUGCAGACCCAGUGGCAGUGGGUGGACCAGCUGUGUGUGUGUGUAGAGCAACACCUCAAAGACAACACAGCAUACUUCCAGUUCAUGAGUGAUGCUCGGGACUGUGAGUCGUAUCUGCGGCAGCUGCAGGAAACCAUCAAGAGGCAGUACACCUGCGACAAGAACAGCCGGCUGAGCAAACUGGAAGACCUGCUGCAGGACUCCAUGGAGGAGAAGGAGCAGCUCAUCGAGUACCGCAGCACGGUGGCCAGCCUGGUCGGACGGGCCAAGACGCUGGUGCAGCUGCGACCCCGCAGUGCGGACGCCACCCUGGGAGCGACCACGCCCAUCAGAGCCAUCUGUGACUACCGGCAGAUCGAGACAAACGUUCAGAUCACCAUAAACCGAGGGGAGGAGUGCGUCCUGGAGGACAACUCCCAGAGGACCAAGUGGAAGGUGAUCAGCCCGACGGGGAACGAGGCCAUGGUGCCUUCAGUGUGCUUCACGGUUCCUCCUCCCAACCAGGAGGCCAUCGACACCGCCGGCAGGACGGAGCAGUUGUACCAGAAAGUCAUGUCUCUGUGGCAUCAGCUCCAUGUCAACAUGAAGAGUGUGGUUUCCUGGCACUACCUGCUCAAGGACAUCAGGACGGUGUCCGAGUGGAACCUGGACACGAUUCGCACUCAGGCUCCGUCGGAGCGGCAGCACGUCCUCGAUCACCUGCAGUCCCAGCUGAGCGACUUCCUGUCUGACAGUAAGGAGAGCUCUCUGUUCACGCCCGCCGAGAGACGAGAGCUGGAGAAAGACGUCCAGCAGGCGCAGCAGCACUGUCAGGACCUGCUGCGCAACAUGGAGACAGUGGAGAAGGACGAGUCCGUGUCUCGCUCGUACCUGUCGGAGCUGCAGAACAUCACGCUGCGCCUGACCGAGGCCGAGCGGCGCCUGAUGAGGGGGAUUGAGACGCCGCCGCCCAUCCUGCUGUCAGGCGACAGCACUGACAACACCGUCCAGAUCGCAGAGCAAGAGAAGCUGCAGUCGGAGCUGGACGCUCUCCGCUCCAGUUUGGGCGACGUGUCUCGCCGCUGCGUCACGUUCUUCGAGGAGAAGCCGACGUCCUCCAGCGUUCCCGUCCUCCGCGCUGAGCUCAAUCAGGCUGUGGAGAAAACAGACAAGCUGCACAACCUCUCAUCAGUCUACCUCCAGAAGUUGAAAACAGUCGACCUCCUCAUACGUAGCCUGGAUGAAGCAGAAAGUCAAGUGCGGAAGUACGAGAGCCGACUGAGUGAUGAAGACAUCGUUCCCGCAGACACAGCGGCCAUCCAGAACCUCCGCGAUCAGCUGGGGGCGUGGCAGGGUGAGCUGGCCGACCAGGAGAGCAUCUUUCAGUCUCUGCGGUCUGAGGUCGGCCGGGCCAAAGAGGCCGGCGCUCAGCUCAGGAAGCUCCACCCGGACCGCAGCCCGGAGCUGGAGCGCUACCAGGAGAAAGCCGAUCAGCUGUCAGAGCGGUGGAGCGGCGUCAAGAGACAGAUGGACACACGACGGACGGAUCUGGACGCUCUGGGCUCGGCCCUGCAGCAGUACAGAGACGGUCACUCUGCCUUAAUCCAGUGGAUCGAAGAGACGACGGAGAGACAAGAAAACACACAACCUGGACAGAACGACAGCAAAGCGCUGUCCGAACAGCUGGCCCAGCAGACGGCAUUAGUAGCUGAGAUUGAACAGAACCAGACCAAACUAGACGAGUGUCAGACCCACUCCAAGCAGUACUGCACAUCAGUGAAGGAUUAUGAGCUGCAGCUGAUGACCUACAGAGCCUUUGUCGAGUCGACACACAAGUCGCCGGUGAAGCGGAGGAGGAUGCACUCGUCGUCUGACGCCAUCACUCAGGAGUUCAUGGACUUGCGCACGCGCUACACGGCCCUGGUCACUUUAACCACCCAGCAUGUGAAAUACAUCAGCGACGCUCUGAGGAGACUGGAGGAGGAAGAGAAAGAAGUGGAGGAGGAGAAGCAGGCCCGGGUGGGGCAGGUCUCAGACCUGCUGGGCUGGGUGAAAGGCCUCCAGGGGCGGACUGGCGGCCCCGACGCAGAGUCCUCACUCGCUGCUCAACAGGCCAUCAGCGAACAGCUCGCAGCCAAAAAGGAUCAGGUGGCCGAAGCCAUCAGGAGCACACAAGUCUUCCUUCUGUCCAAACAGGCCAGCAAGUUGUCCCCGGAGGAGCGCGCCCACGUGGAGGCUCAGCUGGACGAGCUGACGGCCACCUACAACCAGCUGUGUGACAGCUCCACCCAGCAGCUGCAGCAGCUGGAGCAGCAGCUGGCCAAAGAGGAGGAGAGAAAGAGUCCACUUGCCAUUGCUGGAGUGAUUGACCUGGGAACAGUGGAAACAUUCCCAGUGUUCCAAGCAGCCCAACGUGGCCUGAUUGACCAGGACACCAGCCGUGUCCUGCUGGAGGCCCAGCUCGUCAUGGGUGGGCUCUUCCAGCCGGACUCUCCCGGCACUCUCUCACUGGAACAAGGUUUAAGUCGAGGCCUAAUUGACUCUCGUACCAGACGGUCCCUUUCUGACCUUGAGAACGCCUUGUCCAUAGUGGAAAAUACAAAGUCUGCGGCUGACAUUAAGUCAGAUACACUGGCUGUUGCUGCAGCGAUGGACGAUGGACUCAUCGGAGAGGCGGAAGGGCUCAGGAUUCUUGAACUGCAGAUGAGCACAGGAGGCCUGAGAGAUUCAAGAGGAAAAACAAUGAGCUUGGAGCAAGCUGAAGACAUGAAGCUUCUGUCCUCCAGAAUCGUCACACAGCUACAGUCCAGAGUGCAACAACGAGAGCUGAUCGAUCCCAAUACAGCGGAAAAACUAAAUCUCCAGGAUCUGCAGCAGCGCUGUAUUAUUGAUGAUGAGUCUGGUCUUCCUCUUCUUCCUGUCAAACAGCAGCCAGGUGGAACCGUUAGCCUGCGAUCUGGAAGAAAGGUUGGCAUCUUCCGUGCAGUCCAAGAGGGACUGAUUGAUCGCAAUGUUAUUGUGCGACUUCUGGAAGCCCAGCUCUUCGCUGGUGGUAUUGUUGACCCACGGUCUGGCCACCGGCUCACAGUUCAUGAGGCUGUUCGUCACGGACUCAUGGACCAGGAUUUAGCUUGUGCCAUGCUGGCGAGACAACUACAAAAUGGAGGAAUUAUUGACCCUUUCAGCACAGAACAACUGGAUCUGGAGGAAAGUAUUCGCAGGGACCUUCUCUCACCUCGUUUGGCUCUGCUGGUCCUUGAGUCCCUCUUGGCUUUUAUGGGACUUCUCUGGCCUGAAUCUGGGGAAAUGCUGCCCGUUGCCGAGGCAGUACAACAAGGAGUCAUUUCAGGGGAUCUAGCAAGGAAGAUCCUGACGCAGCGGCAUAACAUUGGAGCUCUCUACAACCCGGAAACCCUCCAAGUGCUGCCUCUCAGCCAUGCAGCUGAAGAGGCCCUUGAACCCAGUGAAAUCACUUUUCUUAAAGACAUCCGCAUACCAGAUGUUCUCUGCAAUGUGAACACAUCAAGACGCCCAUCCCUGAACCGUCUGGGUUCCACCGGCUCAUCGCCACCUCAUUCCUCCUCACCACCUCGAGCAUUUGUUGGUGAAACUACAACAAGAAAUGGUGCACAACCUGAGGAUCAAGCCAAAGACGAGCUGCUCUUUCACAUCAUGACUCACAGCUAUGCCGACGUUCACUCUGGGAAACGGCUGCUGCUCCUCGACCCUGAGUUAUUGGCAAUAGUCAAAGGUUCUAAAGUCACAACUGGAGAAACUUUGGUCAUGGAGAAGCAGAAAAAGUCACAAAUGAAAGGAGAGUUGAAUUUGGGAGAUAAUGGAGUGAGUGACAAACAAAUCAAAGUUGAAGAAGAAACUGUCAGUGUGGUCAAACCAAGCAAGGCUUUGGAGAUGAGUGGAGUCAGUAUAAAAGAAAUGUUUGAUGAACCAAAGGACAAGGACUUGAAAACUACAGUAAAGAGAGAUUUGAUCUUCAGCGCUGAAAAUGAGAGCGCUGUUGAUAAAGAUGCAAAAGUACAACAACAAAAGAAAGAAAAAUCCACGCUCAAAAACACAAAGGUUUCAGCAAAGCACCCUGAAGAGGAAGUGACUAAAGGCACAAAAGUGAUGGUCCAGACUGAUUCAAAAGCCGGCGAUUUUCCAGGUCUGGAGACAAGAGAAUUAACCACAAAAGUCAUUGGAAAAACAGCCGUAACACCAACACUGAGACAAGAACAAUAUGUUGACGAUAAGACCUUCAAAGAACCCAUCGAAGAGGUGACAAGAAAUGAAAAUAUUGAUCUAACACAAUCCCAACAAAGAAAGGAUACGAAACGGGCUGAAUCAGAAAGAGUCAAACAAAAUGUGCCUGUUGAACAGAUUAAAUCCAAACAGACUCAGCUGCAGGUUGAUUCUCUAGAAUCUGCACUUGAGAAACAAGGGGAAGAAGCAGAAUUGGAGAAGUUGGUCUUAGAGAUGAAACGGGGAGGUCUAGUGACAGAGGAAGGAGAAAAGCUGCUGCCUGAUGAGGCUGUCGCUCAGGGUAUUCUUCCUGGACACACCGCAGUUAAAUUAAUGGCUAAGGCAGGUCUGUUUGGAGGUUUCCUGGAUGCGGGCAGUGGCCAGUCUCUUAGCAUGGAGGAAGUUAUGCAGGAGGGUUUGCUGGAUGAAGAUCUGAUGUGGAGUGUCCUGAAGUCAGAUAAAACCCUUGCAGGUAUAGUUGAUGUAGAGAAAAGUCAGAUCUAUGGGUUGAGGGAAGCAACUGAGGCAGGAUUGAUUGAUCCCAACACUGCUGCUCGACUUCUUGAAGCUCAAGUGGCCUCUGGAGGAAUCGUUGAUCUCCGUCGGGAUAAGAAAGUCUCUGUCACACUUGCAGCAAACCUAGGACUGAUUGAAGAAGAUCACAGAGAGGAACUGGUGGCAUUAGAGAAGGCAUACAAAGGAAAAGAUGCAGACUCAUCAACAUCACUUAAGAAAGCCAGCCUACAGCUACAGAUGGAAGGGAUUGUUGAUCCGGAGUCGAAGUCUGUAGUUCCUCUGGAGCAAGCGAUUCAAAAAGGGUUAAUUAAGUCAGAGGAGGCCUAUCGGGUGCUGGAAAGGCAGGUGGCUGAAGGUGGUAUAAUACACCAUGCUUCGGGAAUGAGACUUCCAGUGCGUGAAGCUGUUAAUAGAGGACUAGUCGAUCGGUCCAUUGCUUCUAGCCUAGAGGAACUAGAAUGGGUCUACCAAGGAAAAGUCAGCCCAUCAAGUCACCCUGAGGCUGUUGUGCUUCAGGCAUCUACUGGUGCUGUUAUAGACCCCGACAGCAGUAACAAACUGACAUUGACUGAGGCCGUCUCUAAGGGUCUUCUAGAUGAGAGCAAGGCCAAGGAGGUUAUGGCCUCCACCACAGCCACACAGGGAGUGCUUGACCCCCAGACUGUUCGCAUUGUGCCUUAUUCAGAGCUUGUGAACCAGGGCAAGAUAGAUAUUGAAUCGGGUAAACGAUUCCUGGAAGUACAACCAUUCAGAGGUGUUCAGGACGAGCAAACAGGUGCUCUCUUAACUCUUCCCGAGGCUGUUGCGUUAAAGAAAGUUGACCCGGUUCCAGCACUGAGGGUUCUCCAAAGCCAGGCAGACACAGGUGGGAUCAUUGAUAUCAAUACUGGAGAAAGGCUUCCUCUGCCUGAAGCGUCAAGAAGAGGCUUAAUUGAAGAUGCCAUGAUUUUAGAAAUAGCAACUAACCAGAUGUUGAAAGGAGGCUUAGUUGAUCCUGCUGCUGGACAAAGAGUCUCGAGUCUCAGUGAGGCCAUUGCAGCAGGACUCAUAUCUGGUGACGUGGCUUCACAGAUCCAGGAGAGAGUAGCUUCUGUAGAGACGGAGGAGGAGGAGGUUGACAGCUCAACGCCUGUCGCCUCAUCAAAUAGCACAUAUAGCCCCCCUGCUAUCAUAUUGUUAGCAUCAAGUUCAGACAGUCCAGCAAACUGGUCCGAUGUGAGCACAGAGGUGCCCCCAAGGUCUCCAUUUUCAAGUAUUAGUGCAGGAGAGAGAGACAAUGCUGAUGAGAAAAUAUUAACACCUGCAGUUUCAGGUCUGUCACCAUUAUAUGACCCAACUGUAGUGGAAGUAACAGAGUCAGUGGGAGAAACAAUUAUAAUUCAGCCAGACCAGUCCAUGGACCUUCUAUCGAAGUUUGCAAGUAAUGUUGAGAGAAGAAUUCAGCAAGCCAUCCAUGAGAUUUCACCUCAAGAGAGCGUCACUAAAUCAGAGCAUCUCCCCAAACAAGACUAUGAAGAGAAAAUAGCAAUCGCCGUUGGUAAAACUGAUGACAAACAAAAGGAAAGAAUUAUCAGAGAGUCUGCUGGAGAAUCUGAACAGGCACAUACCCAUCAAGCUAACAAAGAUCCAGGAAAAGAAGCCAAACAGCAAAGAAUCGAUGAUGAGAAAAAUGAGUUCAGUCCCAGUUCUGACAACACAUUAUUGAUCAGUGCUGUUCCUGAAGAUGGAAAGCUGACAAUAGACAUUGCAGAGGGUGACAAAGAAAGCAGAAGUGUCAUUAAACAGUCAAAACCUGUUAAAGAGAAAGAUGAAAAGAAGGUAGCAGUGCAGAGCAGUGACGUUUUAGAAAAGGAUGAAGGUGUGGAAAAUGACAAACCUUCAAAGAGCAAGACGGGCAGUGAUGAGCAACCGAAAGACUCGGAAAACAAAAACAAGAAGAAGAAAAAGAAUAAAAAGAAAGUUAAAGGCAAAGAGGCAGAGGGUGAAGCACAACCUUCAGAGUUAAAACCAUCUGCAGUGCUUGACGUUGAUGCAGGAGUGCAGUCAGAGGAGCUUGAAUCACAAGAAAGACACCAAAUAGGAAAGACUGCAGAUUCACAGUCUUCUAAAGCGGCUCUCAGUGAAGCAAAUGAGGAGAAGAUUGAUGUGAAAUAUGCCCAAAGUGACUCUUUAAAGCGUGGAGAGGAAAAGGUUCCUGCUCUUCAGGAAUUAUCCAAAUCUACAUUCGAGCAACAGAAAGUUGCAUCACAAAUAAAGUUGACAAGUGUGGAAAACAUUGAUAUGAAAGGAGAAAUGAAGAAAGCAGAGCAAAAGAAAACAUCUAAAGAUAAAACUUCAGUUCCUCGGCAACCAGUACAACCUGUGAGCAAUCUGGAGGAGAAGAAAGGGCAAAGAGCAGAACUCCCUGAGAAGUCGGCUCUGCCAAAUGAAGAGAAAGCAGCCUUGAUACUAAAAGCCAAACAGAGCAUCCUCAAAAAGGUUUUUGAAAAAGGAGUGAGUGAAAAGCAGGCUGCCGAGGAACUGCAAGCCAUCAGAAAGGACGUAGGAAAGAAGGACAGUCAAGGCGUCGCUGUCACAGAUGAAGAAGCACAAAUUCUGCCAUCUAAAGGUGAUGAAGAGGUGGAGAGUCAAACUGAAAAGGAGGAUACCAAGAAACCAAAUGGGUCUUCAAAAAGUCUAAAAAUGAAAGUGGCAGUGGCUAAAAAGACGGGGGAGAAAUUAUCAGACAAGAGCACUCAGGCUAAAUCAGUGGAGGUUUCUUCAAAGAAGAGUGAGGAAGGCAAAAGUUUGGAAAAAGAACAGGUGCCAAAAGCUCCCUCGGUUCAAGCUACUGAAAUCCAGCCAAGCAAUAGAAGUAAGAAGAACAAGAGGUUCAAAGGUGAAGCAGUGAUGGACAAAGCUGGAACGGAAGCCGAGAAGCCGCCAAUACAUGAAAAAGUAGAUUCUGAGUCGAAAACAACGCAACUGUCUGAUAAAUCUGCCACCGUGAUCAAAGAUUCAGAGAGUUCAGGUUUUCCUGAGCAGCAGCACAACAUGGAUGGAAGUGUUGUGGUUCGGUCAGCUGGUGUUGAUAUCAGGUCCUCAGCUGGAGAUGAAGCACCUGAAGUGAAAACAUCUCAAACUGAUGUCCAAAGAGCCGAGACUGAUCCGAGCCAGCUCAGUGCAACACAUUUACAUCAAACUCUUAAGUCUCAAAUCCGGGAAAGCAAACAAGAAGCAGGGAUCACAUCUGUUACAGCAGCAGAGAAAGAACGUGGACAACCAGGCACCUCUAAAGAGGAUCCCGAGUCCAAACUCCAGGCCAAAGCUGAGCCAGCUGCUCCACAGCUGGAAAAAACAGUCCGCAAAGGAAGAAAGAAGAAAAAGCUUCAGCCACCUGAGGAUGAACCUGAAAAGCUUUCGGAGUCUGCAGUUUCGAAGGAUCCGCAGAAGCAUGGCGAUACUCCGCCUUCUCUGUCAGAAGAGGUUUCCACUGAGUCUGAGUCACCUGCAGUCACUGAGUCUGACACAGCAGCUGAGAGCUGGGGAGAGGAAGACGGUGACACCAGGGGGAGCCCACAAGCUGCGCCAAAUAAAGACGGGACCACCAGAAAGUCGUCAUUGGUGCGUCAGGAAUGCUUAGAGCACGACCAGCGAAUUGUGGCUCUGACCUCCAUGGUGAGACACAUCGAGGUCCGACUGAAGCAGCAGCAGCAGCAGUCGGUCGGCCGCAGCCUCGCCGCUUUAGACGAUAUCAUCAGACAGACCGAGACUUUGGACCUUGAACUGCGAGACCUGGAGCCAGAGAUCAACAGUGAAGUGGCGGCUGCUGAGCAGCUCCUGAAGCCCAGGCCUGAGGACGUUCCUCCACAGCUCCUGCUCGCCCUGGAAAAGGACGGGAGGAGUUUGGCUCGAGGGUUUGAGGCUGCUAAAGCACUUUCUGAAGGGAUUCUGCAGAGUCUACGAGAACACAGAGCCUCGUCUCAGGAUGCUGUAACAUCUGAGCAGAAGUCGCUGGGAGAACGCGUGGAGCGACUCCUCUCCUGGUUGAAUGAGACAGAAGCUCAGAUGGAUGGAGGGAUGGCAGGGAAGGAAAGAUCUGAGAAAUUAGAGAAAGAUGAGAGAGAUCAACUCAAGCAACAGCUGAGUCUUUGCAAGGAGCUUCAGUCCUCUCUGUCGUCUCGCUCCGCCGAGGUCAGCAACGUGGCCUUUGACAUUCAGGUGUUCAUCUCGGAGCGAGCGCAGGACCUGAGCCCGGAGCAGAGCAGGCAGCUGCUGGGGCAGCUGCAGCAGCUGCAGAGGGCCUUCCACGGAGCGUCGGGCCGGGCGCAGGCCUGGUCACACUCCCUCUCCGCCCAGACGGAGAGGGAGGACGAGCGGCAGCGCAGGGAGAGACAGAAAGAAGAGGAGGAGAAGGACAGAGAGAAGCAGAGUGCGAGGGAGAGAGAGGUGGUCCAGCAGCAGAAAGCCGAGUGCUCUCAGAAACUGGAAGGCCUCAACAUGUGGCUGGCCGGAGCUGCCAGUCUGUUGGCCAGUCAGAAAGGUGGAGCAGAGUCAGGUGACGUGGACGUCCUGCAGCAGAAGCAGAGAAAACUGAAGGAGGUGCAGAAGGACUUGAAGGUCAAAGGUGAGGGCAUAUCGGAGGCCAUCCGCUCGGUGGAGGAGUUUCUGGCAGAGCGAGGAGAAAGUCUGAGCCCGGAGGAGCGGCAGAACCUGCAGGGGGCGCUAACCAAACUGAAGGAGCAGUACAGCGCCCUGACAGACUCGGCCGAUACGUCGGUGUCGGAGCUGGACACGGCCAUCAGCGCCACGGUGCAGCAAAACACACAGCGGGCGAAAGCAGUGGAGGAAAUACAAGACACCCGAAGCCAAAUCGACUCUCUCCUGAACGAGCUGUCGUCCCUGAACCAACCAGGCAGGAGAGAAGCUGCGUCUGUAACCAGCCGAGAUCUCCCCGAUGCAGCGCUCUCACCGCCAGAGGGCGCCGUGACGUCGCACACAGAGAUGCUUCAGGCGGAGCUGCAGCAGCUUCAGGCUCAGCAGGCGCAGCUGCUGCAGAUCACCCAGUCGACCCGCUCCCUCCUGGACCAGCCGGACUCCACCGUCCCUCCGGAGGAGAAGCGGCGGCUGCGAGCCGCCCUGGACCAGCUGCAGGCUCAGCACCAGGACCGGCUGCAGAGCUGCCAGGACCGUCUGAGGAAGUCCGAGGCUCUGAAGGACGAGCUGACCAAGUUUCUGCAGGAACACGGGAGUUUGGGCACUUGGCUGGAACAGAGUGAGCAGGAGCUGCGUUCCCUGGGGGAAGGAGAAACUGAUGCACAGGGCCUGAAGGGCAGGCUGGAGGACCACAGGAAGCUCGCUGAGGAUGUCAUUUGCCACAAAGCGGACCUGCGUUUCGUCUCCAUCUCCGGUCAGAAGGUCCUGGACUCGGUUCAGGGAGCUCUGGAGCAGGUCGGUGGAUCAGACCCUCCUCUGGACGGCACCAAGCAGCUGGUGGCCGACAAGCUGCAGGACGCUAACCACAGAUACACCACCCUACACACCAAGUCGAGUGAGUUGGGCGGCCGUCUGUCGGGCCUGCUGGAGCGAUACCAGCAGUACCAGGAUGAGGUGGUCUCUCUGCACUCCUGGCUCAGCACUCAGGAACAAAACCAAAGCAUCGCCAAACCCAGCGGAGAGACGGACCCACAGAACCUCCAGAACACCUUGCGACAAGUUCAGCUGCUACAGGACGAGCUGGCCGAGCGCUCGGUGCAGCUAGAGAAGGUGAAGAGAGCAGGAAGAGAUCUGGUCAGCACCGACGAGUCUCCUUCCCUGAAAGCCAUCGACAUCCUCUGUGCUGCAGACGGUUUGGAGAAGAGGUUCGGCUCCCUCUCCACUUCGGUGUCGGAGCGGGCCGAGCAGCUGCAGACCGCCGUGGCUCAGUCGGUCAGCGUGCAGGAGGGCCUGAAGGGUCUGCUGAGCUGGCUGGACAAACUGGUUCUGCACCCGGGACCGGUGGAGCCCACCGCACAGGCUGUUCAGGAAGCCCUGACCCAGAACCAGAAGCUUCGGCAGGAGCUGCUCUCCAGGCAGGGCAGCGUGGAGGCAACUCGGGACUCUGUUUCCAAGCUGCUGCAGAGCGCCGACGCCUCCACAGCCUCGGGCCUGCAGGCCAGCUUGGACGAGCUGACUCAGCGUUACGCCGCGGCCCAGGCCAGUCAGGCCGAGAGGGAGGCCGAGCUCAAAGGCCUCCUGCCCAGGCUGGAGAACUACGAGCGGCUGGGCGUGGACCUCCAGGCCUUCACUCAGAGCCGGACCAAGGCCCUGAGCCCCGCGGGCCAGCCGGACCGCGGCGUGGACGACUACAGACAGACCAUCGAGGAGGUCAGGUCCGAGCUGGAGCAGGAAGCCGGCCAGCUGAAGUCCUUCUGCGGCCUCGGCACCGAACUCAGCCAGUCCAGAGCGUUCAGCAAUACUCAGAGCUUACUGGACAACGUCAAAGUAGUGACCGAUGAGUUCACCCAGCUGCAAGAAAAUGUCAACGAAAGGUUCGCCGCGGUUCAGGCCUGCGAGCAGCAGCUGCUGCAGUUCCGCGGCCUCUCCGGGUCCCUGGCCAGGUGGCUGCAGACGGCGCAGGACCAGCUGCCGUCCAAAGAGGCCGGCCUGAACACCGAGGGGCUGCAGAGGAGAGUGCAGCAGCUCAAGGACCUGCUGAACGAAUGGGAGUCGCAGGGAUCCAGAGUCCAGGAGCUGAACAAAUCGGGCUCUGAGCUGGAGACCCUCAUCAUCGAUAUCACCGCCCCACAAACUAAAGCCGGCGCUCCUCACAUCAAUGGCUCAGCAGGUCCCAGCAGCCUCAAUGGCAUUCACACCUGUAAAGACUUGACGGAGCUGCAGGUCGCCGUGUCCGACGUGAACGCUCGGUACGACGCCCUGGGCGGAGAGCUGAAUGAGCGCCUGGGCCGCCAGCAGGCCUCACUGGAGCUGAGGCAGAAGGCCAGAGAGGGAGCGGAGGAGCUGAGGAACUGGCUGAGCGCUCGAGAGCAGAGCCUGAAACAGGGCCAGACCGCCUCGCCCUCCAAACCCGAGGUGGUUCGGGCUCAGGCGCAGGAGAACAAGGCUCUGCUCUCGGAGCUGGCGGAUCAUUCUGGGAAAGUCGAGGAGCUGAAGAAUACUCUGAGGAAACUCAUCGCUGACAACCCGGAUUCCCCCGAGGCCGACUCCUGGAGGCAACAGCUGCAAGAAAUAGACUCACGCUGGCAGACGGCCAAUCAGACGGCGGCUCAGAGGCAGACUGAGCUGGAGACGUGCGCCGACCGGCUGGGCAGCUUCGCCUCGGCGGCCAAUCAGCUGAGCCCGUGGCUGCGGGAGAAGGAGCUGAUGAUGAGCGUGCUCGGACCGCUGAGCAUCGACCCCAACAUGCUCAACACCCAGAAGCAACAAGUACAGUUCAUGCUGCGUGAGUUUGAGACGCGGCGGCCGCAGUUCGAGCAGCUGACCCAAUCCGCCGAGGGCAUCCUGUCCCAGACCGGCGACUCUGCUCAGGACCCCAAAGACCUGCUGGAGGUGCAGAAUGAGCUGGGCUCCAUCUCGCAGCAGUGGGAGGACCUGACGAGCAAGCUGAGCCAGAGGUCGAGCCACAUCGAUCAGGCGCAGGGAACCAGCGAGCGAUACCAGGCUUUGCUCAGAGAGCUCUCCUCCAGCGUGUCGGCUCUGGGCGAGAGGCUGGACGCUCAGGCUUCUCUGAGCGCUCAGCCCGAGGCUCUGAAGCGCCGCCUCCAGGAGACCGGAGAGAUCCGCUCGGAGCUGGAGCGGAGGCGCACGCAGCUGGCCGAGGCCGAGCGGCUCUGCCACGAGCUGAGCGCCAUCGUGGCCGAGCCCUACCUGAAGGAGGAGCUGAAGAAACGGCUGGAGAGCGUCAGCGGGCCCAUCAGGAGUUUGGAGGAGCGAGCAGCGGACGGCCUGUCUCAGCUGCAGGCCGCCCUGUCGUCCACGCAGCAGUUCCAGCAGAUGUUUGAGGAGCUGCGCUCGUGGCUCGACAGGCAGGCAGACCUGCGGGAGUCGUCCGCCGUGUCCCUGCCCUGCCGGCCCGAGGCCAUCCGCUCCCUCCUGGCUCAGACGGACGAGCUCCAGCGAGGAAUCGCCAGUCAGCGAGGCUCCUACGAGCUGAUCCAGGCCGAGGGAGCGUCGCUGCUCGCCGCCCUGCCGGCCGGAGGAGACGAGCGCUCCGCCCUGCAGUCCCGCCUGGCCUCCCUGCGACAGGACUGGGAGGGUCUGAACCAGAGGAUCUCCGAGCGAGAGGCCAAACUGAAGACCACCCUCAGCAAAGCAGACACCUACCAGCAGCACAAGGCCGAGCUGACGCCGUGGCUGUCCGAGUGUGAAGAGAGAGAUGGAGAGAUUCAGCCGUCGCUGGAGUCGUCGGCCCUGGAUGAAGCCCUGCAGAAGGCCCGAGCUCUGUCCCUGGACCUGGAGAGGAGGCAGCCGCUGCUGGAGGCCUUCAACACGGCAGCCGACCAGCUGCUGGAGCAGUGCUGCAUCGGAGAGGAAGAGGUGCGGGAUGAGAAGGCGCAGCUGAACCGGCGGGUGGACGGACUUGGCGAGAGGCUCCAAAACCGCAGCUCCCAGCUGGAGGAGCUGGCCGGCCGUCUGAAGGAGUUCGAAGAGGGCAGACAGGCUGUGGAGAGGAGGCUGGAGGCCGCCAAGCACCAGAUCGAAGUCCAGGAAGCUCUCGGACCUCAGGCAUGCAGUGCUAAAAGUCUGGAGAGGCUGCGAAGCCAGCAGGAGAGUCUGAGGUCCCUGCAGCCUCAGGUGGUCUACCUCAGAGAUCUGGCCCUGGGUCUGGUGCAGGACGCCCCCCAGACGCCAGGAGGCAGCGCUGAAGGAGCGCAGGUGCUGCAAGACCAGGCCAAAGAAACAGAGAAGGACUACAGCGACGUUACUGACAAGAUUGAACACUGCUGCUCGUCCCUGGAGUCGCGGCUGCAGGGCAUCGGCGAGGUCCAGGCUCACGUGCGGGACGUCUUCUCACGCCUGGCGGACCUCGAUGACGAGCUGGACUCCCUGAGCCCCGUCGGACGCGAUGCGGACUCCCUGGCCUCGCAGGCCGACGCCCUGAAGGGCUUCCUCUCCCGGGUGGCGAGCCUCAGGGCCGAACUGGAGGGCCACGCCUCGGAGUGCACCACCAUGCUGCGGCGGGAGGGCUCCUCGCCCGACCUCCUGGCUCUCCGGAGGGAGACGGAGGCGCUGAGCCGCCAGGCCGGCAAGCUGAGCGAGCGCGGCCAGGCCCGGCUGGACCAGAUCGAGGACGCUGCAGGCAGAGUUCAGGACUUCUACAAGCUGGUGGCUGAGCUGCAAAGCAUGCUGGGAAGGGCCGAAGAGGGCCUGACCUCACAGGGCCUGGUGGGCACGGAGGUGGAGACCAUCAAACAGCAGCUGCAGGAGUUCAAGGCGGUGGAGCGGCAGCAGGUGGACAGCAUUCAGCCGAAGCUGCAGCACGUCAACGCCGUCGGUCAGGGUCUGAUCCAGAGCGCCGCCAAGCACACCGACACGCAGGCGCUGGAGCACGACCUGGAGAGCACCAACCUGCGAUGGAACUCGCUCAACAAGCGGGUGGCGGAGAGGAUCGCCCAGUUACAGGAGGCCCUGUUGCAUUGUGGGAAGUUCCAGGAUGCCCUGGAGCCUCUGCUCAGCUGGCUGAGCGACACGGAGGAGCUGGUGGCCAAUCAGAAGCCUCCGUCAGCCGAGUACCGCGUCGUCAAGGCUCAGAUCCAGGAGCAGAAGCUGCUCCAGAGGCUGCUGGACGACCGCAGGCCGACGGUGGAGAUGAUCCGAGCCGAGGGCGAGAGGAUCGCCGGCACGGCCGACACUCAGGACCGGGAGAAGAUCCAGACGCAGCUGCAGAGUUUAGCCGAGCGAUGGAGCGAGCUGCUGGACAAAGCCACCGCCAGGCAGAGGAAGCUGGAGGAGCUGCAGGUUCUGGCGCUUCAGUUCCACGAAGCCCUGGAGCCUCUGGGAGAGUGGCUGAGCGCCACCGAGAGGCGCCUGAGCUCGGCCGAGCCCAUGGGCACGCAGACGGCCAAGAUCACGCAGCAGAUCGUCAAACACAAGGCGUUCCAGGAGGACGUGUCCUCCCGUGAAGCCGAGGUGGACCACCUCGAGUCCCUGAGCCAGGCGCUGAGCCCGCUCAGCUGCCCGGCAGACCGCGGCUGGCUGAGCGAGCGCGUGGCGGCGGUGCGCUCGGGCCACUCGGAUCUGGCCGGCUGGUGCUCCAGGCGGGCCGGCCUGCUGGAGCAGGCGCUGGCCAACGCCCAGCUGUUCGGGGAGGAUGAGGUGGAGGUGCUGAACUGGCUGGCCGAGGUGGCUCAGAGGCUGUCGCAGGUCUCGGUGCAGAGCUACCAGCCGCAGCUCCUGGCCGAGCAGCACAAACACACCCUGUCCCUGAAUGAGGAGAUCUUGAGCAGAAAGAAAACCGUGGACCAGGCCAUCAAAAACGGACAAGCUUUACUCAAACAGACCACCGGCGAGGAGGUGCUCCUGAUCCAGGAGAAGCUGGACGGCAUCAAGUCUCGCUACGCGGAGAUGACGGCCGGCAGCAGCAAGGCGCUGCGCACGCUGGAGCAGGCGCUGCAGCUCUCCACGCGCUUCGCCAGCGCCCACGACGACGUCAACCAGUGGCUGGACGGCGUGGAGGCGGAGCUUAACAACGUGGAGCCCGACGCCACGCCUGCGUACCAGGAGAGGCAGAAGGAGCUGAAGAAAGUGUCUGCGGAGAAGCGGCUGGUGUUGGACACGGUGAACGAGGUGGGCAGCGCCCUGCUGGACCUGGUGCCGUGGCGAGCCCGCGAAGGCCUGGACCGCCUGGUCGCCGACGCCAACCAGCGCUACCGGCAGGCCGACGAAACCAUCACUCAGCGGGUGCAGCUGGUGCAAGCUGCCAUCCAGAGGUCCCAGCAGUACGAGGAGGCUGUGGACGCAGAGCUCGCCUGGGUCGGGGAGACCGAGCGCAAGCUGGCGUCUCUGGGUCCGCUCAGCCUGGAGCCCGAUGUGACCGUGGCCCAGCUGCAGGUGCAGCGAGCGUUUAACAUCGAUAUCAUCAGACACAAAGACACCGUGGAUCAGCUGCUGAGCACCAGAGACGACAUCCUGGAAACCUGCAGCGACGCUCAGAAGGACGCUCUGAUGGUGAAGACCGACUCUCUGAGUGCUCGGUAUGAGGCGGUGAGCCAGAGCCACAGCGAGCGCUUCUCGGCCCUGGAGCAGGCCCAGGUCCUGGUGGCCCGGUUCUGGGAGACCUACGAGGAGCUGGAGCCGUGGCUCGGCGAGACGGAAGCCCUCAUCACGCAGCUUCCGCCGCCGGCGAUCGACACGGACGCCCUGCGCCUGCAGCAGGACCAGAUGAGGCUGCUCCGGGAGUCCAUCGCCGAGCACAAGCCGCACAUCGACAAGCUGCUGAAGAUCGGCCCGCAGCUGGCCGAGCUCAGCCUGCAGGACGGCGAGACCGUGACGCAGCGCUACAACAACGCCGAGCGGCGCUACCUGGCCAUCAAGGAGGAGGUCAAAGGUCGCGCCACAGCUCUGGACGAGGCGGUUUCCCAGUCUGCGCAGCUGGUAGAGUUCCACGAUAAGAUGGACCCUCUGCUGGAGACCCUGGAGGGGGCGGUGCAGCGGCUGCGGCAGCCUCCCCCGGUGGCGGCGGAGGUGGAGAAGAUCAGGGAGCAGCUGGCGGAGCACCGAGCCCAGGGCCUGGAGCUGGACAAGCUGCUGCCCAGCUUCUCCGCCCUCUGCGCCCGCGGAGAGGAGCUGAUCGGCAGGGCGGCUCACGACGAUCCCGCCGCUCAGGCCGUGCGCUCCCGCCUCCUGCGCCUCCGCUCCCUGUGGGACGAGAUCCGGCAGCGAGCCGAGGAGAGGGAGGGGAAGCUCAACGACGUCCUGGACCUGGCCGGGAAGUUCUGGGCCGACGUGGCGGCGCUGCUGAGCACGCUCCGGGACUCCCAGGACAUCGUGAGGGAGCUGGAGGACCCCGGCGUGGAUCCGUCGCUCAUCAAACAGCAGAUCGAAGCGGCCGAGGCCAUCAAGGCAGAGACCGACGGCCUGAGGGAGGAGCUGGAGUUUGUCAGGACCCUCGGGGCUGACCUCAUCUUUGCCUGUGGGGAAACAGAGAAGCCUGAAGUCAAGAAGACCAUCGACGAGAUGAACGCGGCCUGGGAGGGUCUGAACCGAACAUGGAGGGAGCGGAUGGAGAGGCUGGAGGAGGCCAUGACCGCCUCCGUUCAAUACCAGGAUGCUCUGCAGUCGAUGUUCGACUACCUGGACAACGCCGUGAUCAAACUGUGCGACAUGUCGACUGUGGGAACAGAUCUGGGAACAGUCAAACAGCAGAUUGAAGAGCUCAAGCAGUACAAGGUGGAGGUCUACCAGCAGCAGAUCGACAUGGAGAAGCUCUGCCACCAGGGGGAGCUGCUGCUGAAGAAGGUGUCGGACCAGACCGACCGGGACAUGAUCCAAGAACCGCUGACCGAACUCCGGCACUUGUGGGACAACCUGGGGGAUAAAAUCACUCAGAGACAGCACAAGCUGGAGGCGGCGCUGCUGGCUCUGGGGCAGUUCCAGCACGCCCUGUCCGAGCUGCAGGCCUGGCUGAGCCACACACACACCACUCUGGACACACAGCGCCCAGUCAGCUCCGACCCGAAGGCCAUCGAGAUCGAGCUGGCCAAACACCACGUUCUGCGUAAUGAUGUGCUGUCCCACCACGCCACGGUGGAGACUGUGAACGGCGCCGGCGCCGAGCUGCUGGAGUCGUCUCCUGGAGAUGAAGCCAGUCACCUGAGGGACCAGCUGGAUCAGCUCAAACAGAGCUGGGAGAGUUUGCUGCUGAAGACCCAGGAGAGGCAGAAGCUGCUGGAGGCCGCGCUGCAGCAGGCUGAAGGUUUCCAUGGAGAGCUGGAGGAGUUCCUCCAGUGGCUGAGGAGGACGGAGAGCCAGCUGUCUGCUGCCAAGCCGACAGGCGGACUCCCUGAGACCGCCAGGGAGCAGCUCCAGCAGCACAUGGAGCUCCAGACCCAGCUGACGCAGCGAGGAGACCAGUACCACCGCCUGCUGGACCAGGGAGAGUCCAUGCUGCUGGCCCGUGGAGGAGAGGACGCCGGGCCCGGCACCACGCAGACCCAGCAGAACCUGGCCAUGCUGCAGAACAAGUGGGCCAGCCUCAACGCCAAGAUGGACGACCGCAGGGGGAAGCUGGAGGAGGCGGUUUCGUUGGCCACCGGCUUUCAGACGUCUCUGCAGGACACCAUCAACUGGCUGACCCAGGCCGAGCAGACCCUGAACAUGGCUCAGCCCCCGAGCCUCAUAUUGGACACAGUCCUCUUCCAGAUCGACGAGCACAAGGUGUUUGUGAACGAGGUGAACACCCACAGGGAGCAGGUCCUGGCUCUGGAGAAGGCCGGCUCUCAGCUUCGCUUUGCCAGCCUGAAGCAGGACGUGGUUCUCAUCAAGAACCUGCUGCUCAGCGUCCAGGCGCGAUGGGACAAGCUGGUCCAGAGGUCACUGGACCGCGGGCGACACCUGGACGAGGCCCGCAAACGAGCCAAACAGUUCCAUGAGGCCUGGAGGAAACUGACUGACUGGUUGGAAGAAGCUGAGAAGAGGCUGGACUCAGAGCUGGAGAUCUCCAACGAGCCAGAUAAGAUCAAAGUGCAACUGACCAAACACAAGGAGUUUCAGAAGGCGCUGGGAUCCAAGCAGCCAGUUUACGACACCACGGUGAGGUCUGGGAAGGCCAUGAGGGACAAAGCUCAGCUGCCUGCAGACACUCAGAAACUGGAUCACCUGGUGGGAGAAGUCCGGGACAAGUGGGACACCGUCUGCGGCAAGAGUGUGGAGAGACAACACAAGCUGGAGGAGGCUCUGCUGUUCUCAGGUCAGUUUGCUGAGGCGCUGCAGGCUUUGGUGGACUGGCUGUACCGAGUGGAGCCCCAGCUGGCCGAAGACCAGCCGGUCCACGGAGACCUGGAUCUGGUGUCCAACCUCAUGGACUCCCAUAAGGCUUUCCAGAAAGACCUGGGGAAGAGAACCAGCAGCGUUCAGGCGCUGAAGCGAUCGGCUCGCGAGCUGAUGGAAACCGGCCGGGACGACACGGCGUGGGUCAAAGUUCAGGUUCAGGAGCUGAGCAACCGCUGGGACACGGUGUGCGCCCUGUCCGUCACCAAGCAGACCCGCCUCCAGCAGGCGCUCAAACAGGCGGAGGAGUUUCGCACGGCGGUGCAGGUGCUCCUGGAGUGGCUGUCGGAGGCCGAGCAGACGCUCCGUUUCCGCGGCGUCCUCCCCGAGGAGGCGGAGACCCUGCAGGCGCUGCUGCACACACACCGGGACUUCAUGGGCACCGUGGAGGAGAAGAGGGCGGAUGUGAACAAAGCUGCCGGGAUGGGAGAAGGCAUCCUGACCGUGUGUCACCCCGACUCCAUCACCACCAUCAAACACUGGAUCACCAUCAUCAGGGCGCGCUUCGAAGAGGUGCUGACGUGGGCCAAACAGCACGAGCAGCGGUUGGAGACGGCGCUGACCGAAGUGCUCAACAACGCCAACCUGCUGGAGGAGCUGUUGUCAUGGUUACAGUUUGCUGAGACCACGUUGGUCCAGAGAGACACGGAUCCGCUUCCUCAGGACAUCCCACAACUGAAAACACUCAUCACAGAGCACCAGAUGUUCAUGGAGGAGAUGACGAGGAAGCAGCCGGACGUGGACAAAGUGACAAAGACGUACAAACGGAAACCCGCUGAGCCUCCCAGCAGCCUGGCUGAGAGGAGAGGCGCUCGCAAACACCAUCAUCAUCAGCAGCAGCAGCAGCACCAGCAGCAGCAUCAGGCCGCCAUGCAGGUUUCUGGAGGAAACCCGCGGCUGAACCAGCUGUGUGCACGGUGGCAGCAGGUGUGGCUGCUCGCCCUCGACCGCCAGCGCAAACUCAACGACGCUCUGGAUCGGCUGGAGGAGCUCAAGGAGUUUGCCAACUUCGACUUCGACGUGUGGAGGAAGAAGUACAUGCGCUGGAUGAACCAUAAGAAGUCCCGCGUCAUGGAUUUCUUCAGACGCAUCGACAAGGACCAAGACGGGAAGAUCACCCGGCAGGAGUUCAUCGACGGCAUCUUAGCUUCCAAGUUCCCAACCAGUAAACUGGAGAUGACGGCCGUGGCGGACAUCUUCGACAGAGAUGGAGACGGUUACAUCGACUACUACGAGUUUGUUGCCGCCCUGCAUCCCAACAAGGACGCAUACAGACCGACGACCGACGCCGAUAAGAUCGAGGACGAGGUUACCCGACAGGUGGCGCAGUGUAAAUGUGCCAAGAGGUUCCAGGUGGAGCAGAUCGGAGAGAACAAGUACCGGUUCUUCCUCGGAAACCAGUUCGGAGACUCUCAGCAGCUGCGCCUGGUGAGGAUCCUGCGCAGCACGGUGAUGGUGAGAGUGGGAGGAGGCUGGAUGGCGCUGGACGAGUUUCUGGUGAAGAAUGACCCCUGCAGAGUGCAACAUCCCGGACUUAAGAUCCUCCGCUCCGAUUCCAGUAGCUCCAUCUCAUCUCGUAUAGUGACAGUCACUCCUGGCUAUUUCUGCUGCCGAGCUCGAGGUCGAACCAACCUGGAGCUGAGGGAGAAGUUCAUCCUUCCCGAGGGAGCGUCUCAGGGUCUGGCCGCCUUCCGCUCCCGCGGCCGGCGCUCCAAACCGGGCUCUCGCAACGCCUCGCCCACCCGCUCCUCCUCGUCGGCCUCGCACAGCGGCGCCUCCCUUCCAUCCGCCCCCUCCGCCCCGGCCACACCCACGGCCUCGGCGUCGUCCAGGUCCUCCCACACUCACUCUCGUGACUAUGCCAAGCCCUGGCUGGCACACAGUAAAACUCCAACGCCCACCAAGUGCCACUGCUGCCCAGAUCUCGGUCACAACCACAGCACUCCUGGGCACGAGGGGGGGCCAUCGGGGUCCAAACUGAAGCGGCCGCCGUUCCACUCGAGCCGAGGCUCGCUGACGGGAGAGAACGGAGGAACGUCACACACCAGCAAACCGUCACGAACCGAUCCAAAGCGAGGGGCGUCCACGGCCAGCGGUCCGGCCAGCCGCGCCGGCAGCCGCGCCGGCAGCAGGGCGAGCAGCCGCCGCGGCAGCGACGCCUCGGACGCGUCGGAGCUGCAGGACGCUCGCUCCGUCUGCUCCGACACGUCGGACACCCCCAGGCGGCCGGGCGGCGGGGCCAAGCCCUCCAAGAUCCCCACCAUCUCCAAGAAGGCGCCCAGCCCAAAGACCACCGGCUCGGCCAAGAAAUAAGCUUGGAGUGACACCGACGAGCCCGCCCAACGAGGGGGGGGGGGGCCGCCGUCUUCAGCCGCAGUGGGUGCACCAGCAAAUGGACCAUCCAUCCAUAGGGCUCCGCCACAAUCUGUGCACUAUGACUAAUGCUUUGAGGGGAGAGAAGGAGGCGGACACGGCGAGCGACUCCUCCUCACUCUUUCCCCCGUCUGUUAGAGCGACUGCACAAGAGGAGGGGGGGGGGGGGCGUCGACACCGACUUCACCCCUUUAAGAAGCGACCCCCGUUUGCCUUCCAGCCUCCUGCUCCUUCUCUCCAACGUUCCCCACCUGCGAGGAACGACCACGGACUGAUCUGACGUGAUGCUGCCUUACUUUGUGUUCCACACAUCUGUCGCCACUGCUUCACACCACAGAAAUGCACUCUUAACACCGAGGCGGGGGUCACGCCACCGCCACCGCCGCCAUGGCUACCAAAACGACGACGACGAC